UGGCGGCAGUACAAUUCACUACAUACCGUCGCGACGUCGUCAUAAAUACAUUGUGUUUUAAAUUAUUUGUAGUGCGUCAUUAAAUUUAUUUUGUUUUGUGCUCAUUUUCUCAAAAUCGGUUCAUUCCCUCUGUUUAUAAUGAGUUCUGCUGCAUCUACCCCUUUGUUUGCUUGUUCUCGCUGUUUCUCGAGACAUCCUUUCGAAGAACUGUCUCCAGGAGAACAGCUCUGCAAGGAAUGUCGCGGAUCUUUUCCUGUCGUCAAGUGUACGUAUUGCCGGUCGGAGUUUCAACAAACAAGCAAAUCAAAUACUUCUUCAAUAUGCAAGAAAUGUGAAGCUAAUGUCAAGGCCUAUGGGAAACCCUCAGCAUGUGAAUACUGCAACACCAUUGCUGCCUUCAUUGGUAAUAAAUGUCAGCGCUGUGCAAACUCUGAACGCAAGUAUGGCCCAGCGGUCACUUGCGAGCAAUGCAAGCAACGCUGUGCCUUUGACCGCCAUGAUGAUAGCAAAAAGGUUGAUGGCAAGCUGUUGUGUUGGCUGUGCACCCAGUCUCUCAAGCGGGCGCUGGCGCGCACCAAACAGCAUAUCUCUUCUGUGGACAAGCACAAGCAUAGGGGACACAAAUCAAAAAGCAACCACAAGGAGAAACGUAAAUCAGACAUGAUAAAAUCCAUCAACACCUCUGAUUCGUCGCUGAACGAUUCGCAGCCACUGGAGAAGAAGUCCAAGAUGAACCCCAUGCAAGGUAACCGAGGUGAAGUGGACCCGAACAGUUCCGACCACGUAGUGGCUAUGACGCAGCUGAAAGAAACUAUUGCCAGCUUGCAGAAAAAAGUCCAACAGAAGGAUAACGAGCUACUGUCUAAGGAUAAACUGAUAACCGAGCUAAAGGCACAGCACCACAACAACACAACCGACAUCCGAAACGAGAUGAAAAACAAGGAGCGCCUCAACGAGACCAAGUUCAACCUCAUGAACACCAAGAUCCAGAACCUGCUGAAGGAGGUGGCCACCCUCAGCAAGUCCGCCAAGAAGAACAACAAAAUCGCCAAGACAGCGCUCAACACUGAGAACAGCGGCAGCGGCACGGACAGUCCAAGCACCAAUUAGGACAAUUCAUUAUUGGAGCCUAUUCUUAAUUUGUUGCAGGUAAAUUGUGAAAAUCAGUUUGUAAUAAACAGGCGGGUCCACACAGAACGAGCCGCUUCGCGAGGAAAUUAGCCUCAUGCGUAAAGUUUAUAUUUGAACGAAAUAUUUUUUUUUCGGAUGUUUGUUACCAUUAUAUUUGUACAUUUGUAUUUUCUUUUGUGCAAUAAAGAUUAAAUAAAUAAAUAAAUAUCAUGUUACAAAUGCAUUUCCGUUAUUAAAUUAUCAUUUAAUUACUUAAAAUAAUAAAUACAAAGUACAAAAAAUUUAAUUAUUAACCAUGCGUAACGCUCCAAACUUCACAGAUUAGUUCACAUAAGUGUCAUUAGUAGCAAACGUUUUUUUUUUUUUUACCCUGACUUGGGCUCUAUUGCAUUAGGGCAAGUAGAGCUGUAGGACUGUGUGGGGGGAUGGUAGCCUAGGGAAAAUCCAGGACCCUUCCGUAUCACACGAGACGGUCGCUAGUAGCAAACGUCAGUUGGACUGUCCAACGUGUGACGUCAUCACGCUCUGUCGAAUUCGCGCCAAAAAUUAUGAGCGUUUCAACUGCUCGAAAAUUUUCAACAUUUUAAAUAUUUUUUAAUAGAAUAAUGUGAAGGUUUACAAACGUAUUUUUAUUUUUUCCGGUGUUCAAACAAUAAAAAUUAUGAUUACAAAAAUUUAAAAAAAAAUCAUGCA